AAUAUGGAUAGGGGAAUAUUUUGGAUCUAACCUUAAAAUUCUAAAACGUCAUUUUAUCGCGGGAAUUGUUCUCUGUGUUUUGUGAUAAAUGUAAAAUUGUUGACAUAUAAUAUUGUGCCAUUCAACAAACAAAAUGUCUCGAGACAUCAGAUCUUUUUUCAAUGCCAUGUCUAAAAAGACAGGUACAAAGCAAGAAGUUAAAAAGCCUCCUCCAAAAAUCGUCGAUUCAGACGAAGAAAUAAUUGAGGACACCCCUAAAAAACAAAAGAAAACUAAAAAGGCUAACAUAAUUAACUCUGAUUCAGAGGAAGAGUCCAAUAAGCCAUCUAAAUCAAAACCAAAGAAAGAAUCCCCUAAAUUAAAACAAGUUAAUGUCUCAGACAUUUUUAAAAAUGAAACAAUAAAGCAGAGCAAAGUUGAACCAAUUCCUAAAAAGGAGAAAGAAACAAAAGAAAAGGCUUCUAAGAAAAGGAAAAAAUCUCCAACUGAAUUAGGUGUGCAUGAGGAUGAAGACUUUGAAAAAACUUUGAUGGAAUUGGAUGAUGAUAUUUUAAUAGAAAACGCCGAUAUUUUGGAUCAGAGCAUCCAAGAAACUAUAGCAAAGGAAAGCAAACAAGGAAGCUCUAAAGAAAACUCACCAAACAAAAAGGAAGCAACAAAUGAAAAGAGAGUCACAAAAGCAAAUAAAUCUCCAGUUAAAAAGGAAACUGAAAAAAGAAAAUUAUUAAAAGAUGAGGAAGUUGAGACUCCAAAGAAAAAAAGGAAGCUGAAUGAAUCACUCAAUUCAUCUUAUUCCACAAUGAGUCCACAAGAAGCCCAUGAAAAUAGGAGGAUGAUGUAUAAUAAAUACUUAAACCGAGGUGAUCCCAAGAAUCAUGGAAACAAAACUUACCCAGAGGGAACUCCAACUUGUUUAAAAGACUUAACAUUCUUGCGCACUGGAGUCUUGGAUUCUUUACUGGGGGAUGAGUUUCAAGAACUGGUCACAAAACACGGUGGAAGAGUCGUCCACGCAGUCUCUAAAAAAGUUAAUUAUGUGGUUGUGGGUGACGAACCUGGUCCGGCGAAACUGGCCAAGGCUGAGUCCUAUGGCAUUCCCAACAUCAAUGAGGAUGAGUUUUUGGACAUGAUCCUGACUAAAUCCGGAAAAUCUGCCCACUAUGUCAAACAAAAUUCGGAAAGUGAUUCCGCAAUUGGUACCAGCCAAUCUGAGGAGUUCAUGGAGUUUGAUGAAGUCAUCAGCAGCCCUAAAAAGCCAGCAAACUCCCCGAAAAAAGACUUUAAAGAAGUCAGCAGCCCUAAAAAACAACCAGCUCCAUCAACUUCUCCGAAAAAGUCGCCAGUUGCAACAACAACAACAAAAACAAUAACAACAACAACAACAACAACUAAACAGAAGUCUGAACAACCAGACGAAAACCUUCCGUGGACGGAAAAGUAUCGUCCCAAGGAUUUGAAGCAAGUUAUCGGCCAACAAUCAACCGACAGCGUCUUAAGCAAACUGUAUAACUGGUUGAAGAACUGGCACAGCAACAGACAAUUGAAAACGACGGGAAAAGUGCAAGGCGCCUCGGCGAGUAAAUGCGCCUUGCUGAGCGGACCACCUGGCGUCGGAAAAACCACCAUGUCCAGCUUAGUGGCCAAGUCUUUGGGCUUCGACGUCGUCGAGUUCAACGCCUCCGACACCAGAAGCCAGAGGUUGCUCAAGGAGGAGGUGUCCGAGUUGGUCAAGUGUAAAACUCUUGCCGGAUUUAUGGAAGGUCAGAAGCAAACCAACAUGAAACGCGUCCUGCUAAUGGACGAGGUGGACGGAAUGGCCGGCAACGAGGAUCGCGGUGGUAUUCAGGGACUGAUCCAAAUAAUAAAGGACAGCAGCGUCCCCAUUAUUUGCAUGUGUAACGACCGGUACAACCAGAAAAUCAAAUCGUUGGCCACGUACUGCUUUGAUUUACGCGUAACUCCGCCAAAGCCCGAGCAAAUCAAGGGCUAUUUAAAGAGCAUUUGCUUCAGAGAAGGCCUGAACGUUUCCUAUGAAACAAUCGGGAACAUUGUGAGGAACACUGACGGCGAUUUGAGGCAGGCCUUGAAUUAUCUGUCACUGUGGAGCGUUCAGAACAACGAGAUUACUGGAGCGGUGGCCAAAGGAGAGGACAGACUGAUCAAAGAUACGGUUUUGGGGCCUUGGGAGGUUGUGCAAAGGGUGUUCAAACAGGAAAAAGGUACAUCAAUUGCCGAAAGGUCCCGACUAUUCUUCUACGAUUACAGCAUCAAUCCCUUGUUUGUCCAGGAAAAUUAUUUGAAUGUCGUUCCUUUCCAUCAACUAAAAGGGAAAAUAAGUGAAAACAAAGAGACUCUAUUGAGAGUGUCAGCAGCAAGUGACGCAAUAAGUUAUGGAGCAUUAGUAGAACAGAAAAUCAGGUCCACAAACAACUGGUCACUUCUGGAUUCUCAGGCCAUGUAUUCGUCGGUACUUCCCGGUUAUUACAUGCACGGCACUAUGAGACAACCCCAGUUCCCGGGAUGGCUUGGCAAGAAUUCGAAGAGGACGAAACUUAGUCGAAUGGUGACGGAAAUUCACAUUCAUUCAAAACCAAAAACUUCUUGCAGUAAAAUGGCGAUACUAAUGGAUUACGUAAAUCCGUUAAGGGAAAGAAUUAUGUCUUUCUUAGACAAGGAACACAUUCAAGAUGCUGUAGACUUUUUACAAUUGUAUCAUUUAAGCAAAGAAGAUUAUGAUAAUAUGAUGGAAAUUAUGUGCUUGAGUACAACUCGUUAUCCACAAAUAUCCGCAAAGACAAAAGGGGCAUUUACGCGCCUAUAUAAAAAAACCAAUCCCAUUGUAACAAGAAAAUUGAAGAAAAUUAAAGAUGAUAAUGAAGAGGGUGAAGAAGAUGAAGAGGAUGAAGAAUCUGAUGAUGAUGAUAUUACUAAAAAUGCUGCUAUAAAGGUUGUAAAGAAAGAUGAGGCUUCUGCAUCUACAUCAAAAGGUAAAGGCAAAGGAAAGGCCAAAGAAGGAGCAAAAACAGGAACUAAAACAACUACUGGAGGUAGAGGAAAAAAGAAGUGAUUUACUUUAUAUGCACAUGUAUUGUAUUUUGUUUACGCUUUUUCAUUUUUCAUUAUAUGUGUUUUAUGUUAUUAAUAAACUUUAUUUUACUUUAAA